AUGAAUCAAAUCGACCUCCCAUUCGGAUCUACUUACGAACCAGAAAACAAAGAAAAACAACAACAUCCACCAGAACCCGCAAACCAAGGCCUGGAAUGGGGCACCGACACCAACUUCUGCCACCACGGCUAUUCACCACCCCUAGGAAGCUGGACUGAAGAACGAACUAUUCGGAAUAUGAUGCAGAUAGCGUCAUAUGGUGGGGGCUUUGAUAUCGACCAUCGCAUUCUACAGAGUGUUAUGUCCAAUAAAUAUCAAGAUGAAGAUAAAGAUAAAGAUACUUCUGAAGGCAGGUAUAAAAGACGGUGCAUUCAACGACCUGGACAGAAAAUCUGCCAUUGUCAAAUGGAGAAAAAGCGACGAGAUGUUGUCCGAGAGGGAUUCGAUGAAUUAGGGAAGCUUGUCCCUGGGAUGAAAAAGGGAGUGCAUACGAGACGACAUAUGUUGGACAAGGCGGCGAAGUUUAUCGAGGAUUUGAUAGACGGAAAUAACAGGUUACGAUGGCAGUUGAAGGAGUUGGUCUAA